UACGGGAACAGCUCAAAUUCUUUUGCUACUCAGAAUACGACAAAAGCAAUAUCAAGACAACAUGUCGAGUGCCGAAGAAUCCGACGUCAAAAUAGCUUGGGUAAUCCUGGGUCACCGUCUUGUACAUGAUGUCCAUUCUCUGGAGAGAUUUCUAGAACGCACGAGAGGGAUGUAUGAUAGCGAUCAUCUGAUCUGGGCUCGCGAACACGGCACAACGACAGUCCAGGAAGACACAGCAAGGGACUUAAAGGAAACAAUACUUGGUUGCCUGCACGGCGGAUGGCACAAAAGAGAGUGCUUACAGACGUCUGAGGUGAAUCUGGAUCCUUCAGAACGUAGAAAAGCUCGCCUAACUCUUUAUCACAAGGUUGAUUCCUUCCUAGCGUGCGUGAGAUACUUCGCAAUCCAAGAGGCUACCGACUCAUUUCCUCAAGCAGAAGCGUCGGCCCUCUCAGCGGUGGGAGUCUCGGUCGGAGAGGCGUACCAUAGCGUAUCCAAGGCUAAACUCCAAAGCGCUGCAAGACUGCUUUUCUCCUCGAAAAUGAAUGAGAAGGUCCACAUUGCUCUCAGAUCUGGAGCCAUAAAUGAGACGCAAGCUCUUGUACCAGGGUCAUCUCGCAAGGAAAACAGGUUCUUCUGUACAAUCGAUUUUUACUUCGGGGACAUUGCCGGGGUCACAAGUUUGAGAAUUCGGGGCAAGCAGUCCUCUCAUCAUUCGUCUCCUCCCACCAGCAGGAAGACUUCGAGGAUUGUAGCGAGGUCAAGAGCUGAAGGCGGGACUACGAGUAGUUCCUUACCUAGCGCAGUACAGACGUUUACAGCCUCGCUUUCAGUGUCGCAGCAGACAGUUGACACUCAGAAGCAGACGGUUGACACUCAACAGCAAACAGCUACGACCCAGCAGCAGGGAUUUGACCAUUUGUAUGACAGCCUCAACGAUUUCCUGCGCGGUAACUAUCAGGGAGCAUAG